AUGGAUGGUUUGGAGUAUCACACCUUCCUCCAAGGCGACGUGGCCCACGAGGAGACCUUGCGGCAGAUUCUGAAGACGCUGGGCGAUCGCCGAGCGGACCUGGUCUUGUCGGACCUGGCGCCCGCGUUGGUGGGCCUCAAGAGCGAGGAUCAUUUGAACUCGAUGCAGUGUUGCCUCCAGGCGGCGAGGAUCAUGGAGAGGACCUUAAAACUGGGAGGCCUCUUCGUGCUGAAAUUCCAGUCUGGUCCGGAGAUGACUCACUUGCGCGCGUAUUUGGACUCGCGCUUCGACACCGUACGCUCCAUCCGACCGGGAGCGAUCCGGUCUACUCGUGAGAUGCUCUUCAUUUGCAAGGGCUUCCUGGGGCGACAAAGCAUUGCUUCGGAGGCGAAGAGCAAGAACGUGGGCAAGCACGAGGGUGUCGACCAAUGGCACGGCGAGCUGCAGUGGCUCCGCGGUCAGGGAUUGCUUGACGACGAGUAA